CUGUCGCCGAGGGACAGCGUGCACGCCGCCCGCCCCCAGGCCCCGGGCUAUUUGAUCACGGCGCCCUCCGUCUUCCGCUCGGGGGUGGAGGAAGUCAUCAGUGUGACCAUCUUUAACUCCCCAAGGGAAGUCAUGGUCCAGGCUCAGUUGGUGGCCCAGGGCGAGGCAGUGGCAUGGAGCCAGGGAGCCAUGCUGGAUAAAGGAACAAUCAAACUCAAGGUGCCCACGGGCCUCCGGGGCCAGGCCCUCCUGAAGGUGUGGGGCCGAAGCCGGCAGGAAGAGGAGGGCACCCUCUUCCACAACCAGACCUCCGUGACCGUGGAUGCCCGGGGAGCCUCCGUGUUCAUCCAGACCGACAAGCCAGUGUACAGGCCCCAGCACCGAGUGCUCAUCAGCGUCUUCACCGUCACCCCAGACCUGAGGCCCAUCAGUGAGAAGCUGGAAGCCUACAUCCUGGACCCCCGGGGCUCAAGGAUGAUGGAGUGGAGGCACGUGGAGCCGGUCUGCUGUGGCAUCACCAACAUGACCUUCCCGUUGUCCGACCAGCCGGUGCUGGGAGAAUGGUUCAUUUUUGUUGAAAUGCAAGGCCACGUGUACAACAAGUCCUUUGAAGUCCAGAAGUAUGCGCUGCCCAAGUUUGAGCUCCUUAUUGACCCACCCCGCUACAUCCGGGAUGUGGACGCCUGCGAGACUGGCACCGUGCAGGCCAGGUAUACCUUUGGGAAGCCCGUCUCUGGAACCUUGACAAUCAACAUGACCGUGAAUGGCGUGGGGUACUACAGCCAGGAGAUGGGGUGCCCCGUCCUCAGAACCAUGAAGAUUCACGGCUCCCAGGACUUUCACAUCUGCGUGAGGGACAUGAUCCCGACUGACAUCCCUGAGCACUUCCGGGGCACAGUCAGCAUCUGGGCCGCGGUGACCGCCACGGAUGGGAGCCAGCAGGUGGCCUUUGACGAUUCCACCCCCGUCCAGAAGCAGCUGGUGGACAUCCGCUACUCCAAGGCCACCAGGAAGCAAUUCAAGCCGGGUCUGUCCUACGUGGGGAUGGUGGAGCUGACCUACCCAGAUGGCAGCCCGGCCGAGGGGGUGACGGUCCAGAUCAGGGCGGAGCUGACCCCAAAGGACAACAUCUACACCACGGAAUCCGUAUCCCGGGGAGGGCUGGUGGCGUUUGAAAUCCCCUCCAUCCCCACGUCCGCCCAGCAUGUGUGGCUGGAGGCCAAGGUGACGGCACUCAAUGGAAAGCCUGUGGGGACCCAGUACCUGCCCAGCUACCUGUCUCUCAGCAGCUGGUACUCCCCAAGCCAGUGCUACCUGCAGCUGCAGCCGCCCGCCCGCCCCCUGCAGGUCGGGGAAGAAGCCCAUUUUUCCGUGACGUCCACGUGUGCCUGCAAUCUCACCCUGCACUACGAGGUGGCUGCACGGGGCAACAUCGUGCUCUCCGGCCAGCAGCCUGCCCGCGUCACCCAGCAGAGAAGCAGGCGGGCAGCCCCGGAGAAGCCAAUUCGCUUAACACACCUUUCGGAGACAGAGCCCCCUCCAGCCCCAGCUGCUGAGCUUAGUGUAUGCAUGACCUCUCUCCAACUGGCCGUGACCCCCAGCAUGGUCCCCCUCAGCCGCCUGCUGGUCUUCUAUGUCAGGGAGAAUGGAGAAGGGGUUGCCGACAGCGUCCAGUUCACUGUGGAGACUUUCUUUGAAAACCAGGUUUCACUGACGUAUUCAGCGAAUGAAACGCAGCCCGGGGAGGUUGUGGACCUGCGGGUCAAGGCUGCCAGGGGCAGCUGCGUGUGUGUCGCUGUGGUUGAUAAGAGCGUCUACCUGCUGAGGUCUGGUUUCCGGCUGACUCCCGCCCAGGUUUUCCAGGAACUGGAAGAUUACGACGUGUCUGAUGCCUUCAGGGUGUCGUGGGAGGACGGACCCCUCUGGUGGGCUGGGCUGGCCGCCCGCCGCCGCCGGCGCUCCUUCGUCUUCCCCUGGCUCUGGGGCGUCACCAAGGACUCCGGGUUUGCCUUCGCCGAAACAGGACUGGUGGUGAUGACUGACCUGGUGAGCCUGAACCACCGGCAGGAUGGUGGCCUAUACACCGACGAGGCUGUCCACACCUUCCAACCCCACACAGGGAGCCUGGUGGCAGUGGCAUCCUCCAGGCAGCCUCCCAGAGCAGAGAAGAGGAGACGGACCUUCUUCCCGGAAACCUGGGUUUGGCACUGUCUCAACAUCAGCGACCCGUCUGGCGAGGAGACGUUCCGUGUGCAGGUCCCCGACUCCAUCACCAGCUGGGUGGGCGAGGCUGUGGGUCUGUCCUCGGCGUGGGGCCUGGGCAUCGCCACGCCCUCCUUGCUGAAGACCUUCAAGCCCUUCUUUGUGGACUUCACGCUGCCCCCCCAGGUGGUCCGCGGGGAGCAGGUCAAGAUCCCGCUCAGCAUCUACAACUACAUGGGCACCUGCGCUGAGGUGUAUGUGCAGAUCUCCGUUCCCAAGGGCACCCGGUUCGUCGGGCAUCCCGGCAAACGUCAUCUGACCAAGAAGCUGUGCGUGGCCUCUGGGGAGACGGAGCCCAUCUGGGUGGUCCUGUCCUUCAGCGACCUGGGGCUCAGCAACAUCACAGCCAAAGUCCUGGCUUACGGAGAAACAGGCUGCUGCCGGGACGGGAAGCCCAGCAAACAGGCCAAGGAGAGCUACGCCGACAGGGUCCCCGCCGGGAGGGACAACAUCCGGCGCAGCGUGAUCGUGGAGCCCGAAGGAGCUCCCCGCACGUACACCUACAGUGCUUUCUUCUGUCCCAACGAGAGAGUUCAUAUCUCCACGCCCAACAAGUACGAGUUCCAGUACGUGCAGCGGCCACAGCGCCUCACUCGUUUCGACCUGGCCGUGCGAGCCCACAACGACGCCCGCGUGGCCUUGUCCCCCGGGCCCCAAGACACCGCGGGGAUGACUGAGAUCGUCCUGGGGGGACACCAGAACACCAGGUCCUGGAUCUCCACCAGCAAGAUGGGCGAGCCCGUGGCCGGCACACACACGGCCAAGAUCCUCUCCUGGGAUGAGUUCCGAACGUUUUGGAUCAGCUGGCACGGCGGGCUCAUCCAGGUUGGGUAUGGUCCAGAGCCAUCCAACGAGUCUGUCAUCAUGACCUGGACCCUCCCCAAGGCCCCAGACGUCCAGUUCAUUGGCUUCUCCACCGGCUGGGGCUCCAUGGGCGAGUUCCGCAUCUGGAGGAAGAUGGAGGUGGAUGAGAGCUACAGCGAGGCCUUCACCCUGGGGGUCCCACACAGCGCCAUCCCUGGCUCGGAGCGGGCGGCCGCUUCCCUCAUAGGAGACGUCAUGGGGCCCACCCUGAGCCACCUCAGCAGCCUCCUGCGGCUGCCCUUUGGCUGUGGAGAGCAAAACAUGAUCCACUUUGCGCCCAACGUCUUUGUCCUGAAGUAUCUUCAGAAAACCCGGCAGCUCAGCCCCGAAGUGGAGAGGGAGACGACUGAUCACCUGGUACAAGGCUACCAGCGGCAGCUCACCUAUAAGCACCGGGAUGGCGCCUACAGUGCUUUCGGGGAGCGGGACGCCUCAGGGAGCAUGUGGCUCACAGCCUUUGUCCUGAAGUCCUUUGCCCAGGCGCGAAGCUUCAUCUUCAUCGACCCCCGGGAGCUGGCGGCCGCCAAGGGCUGGAUCGUGCGGCAACAGCAGGUGGACGGCUCCUUCCCAGCCACAGGCAGGAUUCUGAACAAGGACAUCCAGGGCGGGAUCCAUGGCGCAGUCCCGCUGACGGCCUAUGUGGUGGCUGCGCUUCUGGAGACGGAUGUGGCCUCGGAGGAGGAGAGGGGUGCCAUUGCCAGAGCGCGGCGCUUCCUGGAGUCCAGCGUAGCCCUGGCCUCGGACCCCUACACCAGCGCCCUGACUGCCUACGCGCUGACCCUGCUCCGCAGCCCGGCAGCCGCCGUGGCCCUGCGAAAGCUCCGCAGCCUGGCCAUCACGCAGGACGGGGUCACCCACUGGAGCCUGACGGGUUCCCAGGAUCGGGGCAAGGACACCUUCCUGAGCUUCAGCGACGGGGUCCCCCAGGCAGUGGUCUCAGCGGAUGUGGAGAUGACGGCCUACGCCCUGUUGACCUACACCCUCCUGGGCGACGUGGCCACGGCCCUGCCCGUGGUGAAGUGGCUGUCCCAGCAGCGGAACGCCCUGGGGGGCUUCUCCUCCACUCAGGACACCUGUGUGGCUCUGCAGGCCUUGGCAGAGUAUGCCAUCCUGUCCUACGCUGGCAGCGUCAACCUCACCAUCUCACUGGCCUCCACCAACCUGGACUACCAGGAGACCUUCGAGCUGCACAGGGCCAACCAGAAGGUCCUGCAGACAGCCGUGAUCCCCAGCCUCCCCACCGGGCUGUUUGUGAGCGCCAAGGGUGAAGGCUGCUGCCUGAUGCAGAUUGAUGUCAGCUACAAUGUGCCAGACCCGGUGGCCAAACCGUCCUUCCAGCUGUUCGUGAAUCUCCUGGAGCCCGAGGCUGAGCGGCCCCGGCCCCCGGCACCAGCAUCCUCAGCUGACGAUGACGACCCAGCAGCCGACCUGCAUCACCAGGAGUACCAGGUGACCCUGGAGGUGUGCACCAGGUGGCUGCAUGCAGGGUCCUCCAACAUGGCUGUCCUGGAGGUGCCCUUGCUGUCGGGUUUCCGGGCGGACAUGGAGAGCCUGGAGCAGCUGCUCCGGGGCCAGCAUGUGGCACUGAAGAGGUACGAGGUGGCCGGACGCAGAGUUCUCUUCUACUUUGACGAGAUCUCCAGCCAGUGCCUGACUUGCGUGCAGUUCCGGGCGCUCCGUGAGCACGUGGUGGGCAGGACGUCCGCGCUGCCCAUCUCCGUGUACGACUACUACGAGCCCGCCUUUGAGGCCACCUUUGUCAAAGGCGCGAGUUGUGGGCUGAGGGGCAGGGCUGAGCGGGGAGGGGCCGUGUGA